UCCACCCUCCGGUCACAAAGGCUCUCUUCCAGCCCUAGCCCCCAUUCUCCCCGCCGCCACCUGCGCUCGCCUUCGCCCUCCCGCUCCCUCCCUCCGCUUCCUCCGUCGCAAGAGCGCUCGAGGCGGCGACCGCAUCUCCAAGAUGGUGCUCCAGAACGACAUCGACCUGCUCAACCCGCCGGCGGAGCUCGAGAAGCUCAAGCACAAGAAGAAGCGCCUCGUCCAGUCCCCCAACUCCUUCUUCAUGGAUGUCAAGUGCCAGGGCUGUUUCAGCAUAACCACUGUGUUCAGCCACUCCCAGACCGUUGUGGUGUGCCCAGGCUGCCAGACGGUGCUCUGCCAACCUACCGGUGGGAAGGCCAGGCUCACCGAGGGCUGCUCCUUCCGCCGCAAGGGCGACUAGGCUCCCGGUGCUUGCUGUGGGGAGGAAAAAGAAGGAUGUCCUAAUGAGCAACUCCUGUAUAUCUUUUCCAGGAUAUGUACUCGUGGAGGAUUUUGUUAAUUAUGCCUGUUUAGAGCCUGUGAUGUUGCGACAACGCAUCUGUAAACCUGCACUUUGUUUGAGUGAAAGCUGCUAAGUGUUGUGGUUACCACUGAUGCCUCAAA